AUGGUGGGAGCAACAUACAGUGUAUUCGAGAUUGGCCAAAAAUAUGUAGAGCGUGGUGGUUCCUUGGAAGGCUUGUCUCCAAAACUUCCAUUAUACAAAGUCACUGAAGGGAACGAACCAUGCUUCUUCACCACUUUCUUUUCUUGGGAUCACUCCAAAGCUAUCAAAAAGGCAGCCAUGUUAUUCGGCACUCACCACGCUGUGGAGGACAAGUCUAGCGGUGGGGGCCAAGGACCAAGGCAAAGGGCUGAAGCACUAGCUGCCUUAAACAAUGCCUUUAAUUCUUCUACUAGCAGCAGGCCUGCCUAUUCGAGCCAGGACAGAUCAAACGAAAGUAGUCAAGAGGGGCCAAGACAAAGAGCUGAAGCACUAGCUGCACUAAAUUUUUUCUUUAAAUCAACACACAUGGAAGACCUUGAGACUUUUGCCAAGAACCAAGGUGCUGUAGAAGCUGACAGUUUGACUCAUUGGGACAUCACUUUCUGGAGUGAAAGGCUACGUGAAUCCAAAUACUAUUCUUUAGCUUGUGAUAACAACGAAGGUUUAGUACACGGUUAA